AUGACUACAAUGCCAAACUAUUUUACACGUUCAGCUGAGGAUAUACCUGUGCGACUGCCGUCUUCGGACAGCGAUGGACUCACUAAAGAGGACAUGACUGUUCCAAGAUUUCAUUCACCAACUCCGUUAGCUAUGUUUAAACAAGAUAAACAAGAUCAUGGAAUGGAAGGUUAUCAAGAGCUACCACCAAAACAUCAAUCUUUGCAGGAAUCCCCUAAAAACUAUAUUUAUAAAGAUAUUCAAACUCCACGACAUACAAGAUUUCAUAGGACUUCCAUCGGUGAUUGGAGGUUCAUGGAAACUGUUGGCCAAGGUUCUAUGGGGAAAGUUAAAUUGGCCCAAAAUGAUAAUGAUGGGAAACUUGUUGCAGUGAAAGUGGUUAAUAGAGCAUUGAAAGUGUUUCUUUUAAGACAAGAGCAUAUUCAUUCCCCACGGACUACGAAGGAAUUAAAAGAAAGAGAAGCAGCUUUGGCAAAAGAACAAGCGAGAGAUAAAAGAACCGUUAGAGAAGCUGUAUUAGGUCAAUUGAUGUGUCAUCCAAACAUUUGUAAAUUGUAUGAAUGGCAUAUUUUAUCAAACCAUUAUUAUUUAAUAUUCGAAUAUGUUAAUGGAGGUCAAUUAUUAGAUUAUAUUAUUCAAAAUGGACUUUUAACGGAAAAGAAAUCAAGAGAGUUCGCAAGAGCUAUUGGUAGUGUCUUACUCUAUUUACAUAAGAAUAAUAUUGUUCAUAGAGAUCUUAAGAUUGAAAAUAUUAUGAUUGAUAAUAAAGGAGAAUUGAAGAUGAUAGAUUUUGGACUUUCAAAUUUUUAUGACUCGCGAUCAUUAUUGAAAACUUAUUGUGGUUCGUUAUAUUUUGCUGCUCCUGAGUUAUUAUGUGCUACACCUUACAUUGGGCCAGAAAUUGAUAUUUGGUCCUUUGGUGUAAUAAUUUAUGUGUUGGUUUGUGGUAAAGUACCAUUUGAUGAUUCAGAUUCUCAUAAAUUACAUCAAAAGAUUAAACGUGGGAAAUUUACAUAUCCUGAUUUUGUGACGUCUAAUGCAAAAUCAUUACUAAAUAAAAUGUUAGUAGUCGAUCCAAAGAAGAGAGCUACUCUACCAAAAAUAUUAGAACAUAGAUGGAUGAAUGAAGGAUUUGUGUCACCCGUUGAUUGUAAUAUUCCAAAUAGACCACCUUUAACAGUAGACACAUUAGAUUGGAAUGUCAUUCAAGAGAUGGAAAAGUUGAGUCUUGUAGAAAGUGCUCAAUUUACUAAAGAAUCCUUAGAAGAUAUCAUCACUGAUAAUAAAUACCUAACUUUAUCAGAAGUAUAUUGGUCUAUUCUUCAAUCAGAUGAUAUGUCUCAUAUGAAUAACUCAGACAUGCCUACUGUUGCAUUCCAUCCUUUAUUGUCUCAGUAUUAUCUUACCAGUGAAUAUAUGCAACGAACACAAAAUAUUACAGCAUUAACUAAAGUACCAACAGGACAAAGUGUUGUUACUGGUACCAGUGGUAAUGAAACGAAUGGUAAUGCAACUGACAGUAAUGGUUAUGCUCCAGAUAAUAGAUACGGUUAUUUGCCCUUGAAAUUACGUCGCAUGUCAGAACCUCAUGUUUCACCAACUAGAAAGACACAUUAUGAUCCCAGUGCAGAUUAUGUAAUUCAUGAGGAUAGCACAAUAAUUAGAGGAGAGCCUGAAAGAAGAGAAAGUAGAUCAAGUAAAGGUAAGAAGAAAAUUAAAAAAUUGUUAAGGAGACUGUCUGUUGGGUUCCGUAGUGCUGGUACUGCAGAAGAAAAUGGUGAUGAUAUAGGUCCAGAGGAUACUACUGUCGUAACUACAACAGACGUCACUGGAAAUAACCCUCUAGAUAUAGGUCAUGAAGAUGACUACGUUGUUCCCCUAACAGCCCCAGAGACUUAUCAGAAGAAGAAACCACAAGGUAGGUCUAAAUCAGUUGGUAAUGAAAGGCGAUUACUAGUGACUAGAGAUCAUAAUAUAUCAAAUGGUGUUGCCCCAUUACAACAGAUUAUCUCUGAGAAGGAUAUCGUUAAGAUGGCUCAAGAAGCACCACCUGAUUCGAUGCCAUCUAUUCAAUACACUAAUUCUUUCUUUACUUCAGGUGUUUUAUCAGUACAGACAACCUCAUCAAAACCAUUAGCUGUAGUUAGAUUCAAAAUUAUUAAUGCACUUAAAAUGAACAACAUCCAAUAUCAAGAAGUCAAAGGUGGGUUCCACUGUUCUGCUUAUAAGUUAGGAAAUGUUGUGGAUACUGAUAUUUUACAAACCUUGGUCGAUAAUAAUAUUGUGCAUGAAAAUGAUGCUACCGUGGAGAGUGCAUCCAUGGAUAGUCCCACGCAUUUCGAUACAAUAUCCGAAGAAGAACCAUUGAAUAUAACUACUGAGACUGUACAUCAAUUUGUUCCUAGCUUGGUUGUAGACACUUCUCAUAAUAACGAUACUAUGGUGCCGUUAUCACCUACUGGGACAAGCACUAUGGCAUCGGCUGGAAAAGUCACUACAGAAACCUCUAAACAGGACACUGUGAUAUCUUCCCCAAUUACAUGGAACGAAAAGCACCCAUUUAUUGCAAAUGAACUAUCUAAAAAGAUUGUUUUUGAAAUUUUUAUUGCUAAAAUUAAAUUUUUGAAUUUAAUUGGUAUUCACUUGAAAAAAAUAUCUGGUGAUAGUUGGGAAUAUAAAGAAAUCGCUGCAAAGUUAAUCAAGGAUAUGAAUCUAUAA